UACGAGGACUUCAUUUUUCCGCCAUCGUUCGUCCUUCAAUGCGGCGAACAACGGAAAUUUCCGAGCAAAGCUUAUGGCAAAAUAAUUCAGGUUUCACUGUUUCCGAAAGACUCAGAAAUUAAUGUGCAUUUCAUUUUUUCAGUUACCUUCAUUGAUAUUUAUGCCUGAACCCAAAUCAAAAUUAGAGAAUCCGACUGAAAAAUUUGUCGACUGGAGAGUUUCUUUACUGUUAUGUCUGAAGUCGAUAUUUCCGACUCGCUACCGAAUGGUGACGAUCCCGCCUUCACGGAGGAGGAGGACCCACAGCAGACUGCCUCCGACCAUCCAGGUACGGACAGUGGUGCUGGCUCUGUCACCCCUUCUGUGGUCACUAACAACGGUACCAUUCCAGCAGAUCAAGUGUUUGUUGCAACAUCUCAAGGUAUACUCUCUGCAGAGCAGCUUCAAGAAGCAGGUAUCAAGACUACGCAUAUCGUGAUUCAUGAUCAAACCUUAAGUGUUGCAGACGAGUCUGAAUUGAAACCUCCAUUAAAUACCCCACCGACUCCUCUUGAUAAAGAUAUUAAAGGGUUCAAGUAUCAAUGGGAUGAAUCAGUUCAUUGCAUGAUUUUGCCUGUCAGAUGUAAAAACACUAAUGGAGAACUCUACAAGAACAAAUUUGGAUCAGGUGGUCGUGGAAAAUGUAUAAAAAGUUCUGAACAGUGGUUCACUCCAAAUGAGUUUGAAACCUUUUGUGGUCGUGCCAGCAGUAAAGACUGGAAACGCAGUAUCCGAUACGGUGGCCGAACUCUACAGUGCUUAAUUGAAGAUGGCAUUCUCCGAGCACAUGCUACUUCUUGUACAUGUGCAGCCUGCUGUGAUGAUGAAUCUGUCACGGGGCCUGUUCGCUUGUUUGUACCAUACAAACGGCGAAAGAGAGACAAUGAAAAUGGAUCUCCAACAAUGAAGAAAAGGCCUGGUGAGCCGAAAUCUACUAUAGUGCCUUCUGGAAUGUCUAAAGAAGUAGUUGUAACAUUACCGAGUGGUCCUGCUCUUAGCCGUCCCAUUAGUGUGAAUAAUGCAGAAAAUGGAGAAACUGUUCACAUAGUUACAACAGAUCCUCAAGGUAACUUCGUAACUGGAGAUGCUGUUGUAAUGACAUCCUUGACAAAUGCUUUAAAAGCACCAAUGCCUAAUGUAUUAUCAAUGGAUGUAUCAGAACAAAAAUAUUGGUGGCAACUCGAAGAGAUGGCCAAUUCUCUAGUGCAGCAAACACAACAGCUGAAAAGUAUGAUAGAGCAAGCAAAACAGCAGAGCUUAAUUGCAAAAGAAAAUGCUCUCCAACAACUAAAGUUGCAGAUGGAGAAAGAAAAGCAGGAUGCAUUACAAGCGGCAAGAAUUGAAAACCAAAUAAAUCUUUCUCGUGCUGUUUUGGAAUGUCAAGCACAAAAAGACAUUGCUGUUCAAAGUGCACUUGCUCAAGCACGAGCUGAAAUGCAAGAUAAAAUUGACAGUGUAACUUUAGUUGCUGGGGAUAAAGUUACAUAUGCUGUGACUUGGACGCAUCAAAAUUCACAGGGUAACAUGGACAGUAUCAUUGAUGAUGUAGAGGAGUUAGAAAAGGAGAAAGAUUGAAAUAAAUUAUAUAUGAUUGUCAUUUAUUUAACAAACCCGGUUACUCAUGGUCAUAAAAUCUCUUUCUUUUCAUCAGUUUUAUUAAUCAACUCUGUUGAUUCCUGUUCUGGAUAUUUGAUAUAUAUACAACUAUGUACAACCAGGUACAUGGGAAUAUGCAAAUUAAAGCAUAAUAUACUGUCGUCAGUAUCCAAACAUCUUAAAAUUUUUAUUAGUAUCUACGUUAAAACCCUUCUAUUUUUUUUCCAGCUACAACAUUUGAUAAAUAUUUUCAAAGAAUGGCUUGAAAGUUGAGCUGUUGAUGACUGAUCAAUAUGGUCAAAAGUUCAAACUCUACUACAAUCAUUGUGUUAUAUCCUUCCUAAUUAAGGUACAUAACUUUGCUUGAUCUGGUUGGCCUGACUAACAAAAACAGGUUUCAAUCCUAUUUCACAGUUGACUUGUUCGAGGUAACAAGAGUACCAGGCAAUAAAAAGUAGUUGUGUCAACAAAAACCUUCAAACUAAGCGUGGAAAAAUGAAUGUGAAACAGUGAAAUAGCAUUUAAGUUUAUUGUAUCAUAUGGCAGGUUUUUAUUUAAAAUACUUCAUCUAAUUUUCCUUUUAAUCAUUAUUUAAAAGUCUGAAGUAAAAUUGUCUAUCAUUCCAUAUCUUUCUGUAAUUUAUUUUGUAUUUCAAAGUAGUAUUAAGUCCAAUAGUAUUUAUAAAAAUAAGGCUGCUGUUCAGUUUACUGAGUAUUCAACUAUAACACCUUUUUUUUCUAUAAUUGAAGAGAUAAUCUUACUAAUUUGAGUUUUCUUUAUAAACUACUAGAAGUGAGUAAACAAUUGGUUUUCAAUAGAACUUGCAUUGUAUUGCAUUUCAUAAGUUUUGUAUCUUUAAAAAGAAAUUCAUGUCCAACAGAAAAGAACCAUUCAUUUCACAACUGAAUCAUUAAUUAAUAUUAGGAAUAUCAUCUAGUUGUGUAAGAAAGGAACCACUUCUCCAUCAUCUGCAAAUAUACACAUUUGCUUAAUCAUCCCACAUAUUGGUAAAAAAAAAAAGACAAACAUGUAAAGCCAUACAUGAAAGAAAAAAAUUCUCUUUAUACAUACAUCAAAAUUUGUGUACCAAUGAAUGGGUUGUAGUGAUAUCUGCUGCAGACCUCACCUACAGAUCUCUUGAACUCCUGUGUUACUUCAGAAUGAUAUUGAUGCAUUAAGUCAUGGUUUUCUAUAUUUGUAUAUGUACAUAUGUUUUUUAUUAUUCAGUUGGAUUGUUAUUGACGUUAUAUUAUGUUGAUAAUUACCCCUCAAUUGUUCAGAUGUUUAAAGUAAUUUGUCUCAAAGCAUUUUAUGAAGAAGAAAAAAUGAAAACAAACAUCUUAACAGGACAGUAAAAAAAUUUUGCAUUUCUGUCUCAGUCUAAUGGGAUUUACUUAUUGCAGUCUGUAAAAACUUUCAAAAUUGCAUGUUUUAUUUAAUGUUUAACCAUAUUCUAUUGUUUGUUUGAUUUCAUUCAUUUCAUUCAACUCUCAUUCAGACAUUCAAAUCAUAAUUUUCGACUUUCACUUUCAUAACCAUUUUUUUCAUACUAGCACAGAUGGAAUGAUUUUCACAAAUUUUAUACAGUCUAGUAUUAUAAUUACAUUGUGGCUGUGAGGUUAAGGUGCUGAGACUACAUACUACAUGGUUGUGAGUUGAAACCUUGUUAGAGAUAUUGUGUCCCUAAGCACAUAUGUGUCUCUGACAACAGAUAUAACUCUUCACAGUUGCAUGGUUUACUGACAGGAAGGUCAACUUGCUCCAAAUUAUGUAAAUAUCAAUUUGUAACAUCAUUUCAUCUGCGCUAGAAUUAAACUGGAUGGUUUUUCUGUUUUCUUUUUACUCAUGAAAAAAUAAAAUUCUGUCACUUCUCAAAUCAUUAAUAAAAAUUAUUCACUUUCAGGUU